AUGUGCUCAAAAUCGUUGCUUCUUAUGUUACUAUGGAGUAGUGCAAUGUUAACAUUUGUGCUUCCUGCAUUCUGUGAUGUACUCGGUGAAUCUAGUUUUAAUUCGGCCAAAGUCCGGAUCACGGAACCAACCGAUUCUGGAGGUGUUAAUGAUUCAUGUAACGAUGAUAUUGCAUGUUUGACAAUGGCUACCCAAGAUAGGUUGGGUUUAGAAGCAAUUCGAUCUUUACAUCGACAACUAGAUGAUGAUGCAGAUGGUGCUAUUGAUCUUUCAGAAUCUGAUGAUUUUCUUCGCGAAGAAUUAAAAUAUGAAAAAGGUGCAGAAAAACGUCAAAAAGCAUUUCAUCAAAAUGAUGAUAUGUAUAUAUCUGUUAAAGACUUGUGGGAUGCUUGGGUAAAGUCUGAAGUACACAAUUGGACUGUCGAACAAACUUGUGAUUGGCUUUCUACAUCAGUAGAAUUGCCCCAAUAUGUUCCUAAUUUUAUACAACAUAGAGUGACCGGAGCCCAUCUACCUAGAUUAGCAGUUACUAAUAUGCAACUUUUGAAUAAUGUACUUGGAAUCAAGGAUCCUAUUCAUAAACAAAAAAUUGCAUUGAAAGCUAUGGAUGUAGUUUUAUUUGGACCUCCUAAAGAAUCAGUCACACAUUUGAAAGAUUUAGUUUUAAUAACAUUAUUGUUGGGAGCAUUAAUUGGUUUUUGGUAUGUUUACAACCAAAAUAAAAGUUCAACACUACAUUUAAAACGCAUGAUGAGAGAUAUGGAAGGUUUGCAAAAAGCAGAAACUGCUUAUGAAGAUUUACAGAAAGAACUAGAAAAAGCAAAACAAGUACAAGAGUAUGUUAUUACUGAAAAAGCAAAUUUAGAAAAACAGUUACAAGAACAACAAACUAAAGAUGAAAAUUCAUCAGAACUGAAAUCAUCUUAUUCUAAUUUGGAAAUUUCUCAACUUAAAACAGAAAUUGAAUCAUUAAGAGGAGAAUUAGCAAGAGCAGAAGGUGAAUUAGAUGACCGUUGUUGGACACCUCCACAUGGAUUACAGCAAUGGUUACAACUAACACAUGAAAUUGAAAAUAAAUCUUAUAUUAAAAAGAAAUUAAGCGCUGAAAAACAGUUACAGCAAGCAAGAGAAGCGUGUGAAAAAUUACGUAAAAAAAGAUCCAGUUUAGUAGGUGCAUUUGUGUCAACUCAUGGAAAAUCAAUUGAUGAUGUUGACCGUAGUAUUGUUGAAGCAAGAACAUCAUUAAAUGAAGUUACUCAAGAACUUGCAGAAAGAGUGCAUCGAUGGAAACAAAUUGAAAUAUUAUGCGGAUUCAAUAUCAUAAAUAACAAUGGUCUGUCUCAUUUAGAAAACACGUUGUAUAGAAAUGUAGUGAAUGGGCGAAACUUCUCACUGCGAGGGCGCAUGAGUAGCCAAGAUGACCUCGAAGACGAUUCUAGCCAGUAUUCAGUUUGCGUGGGUCCAGGGACGUCGUAUCAAGACCUUGGUGUUUGUGAAAAUUCCGGACAAUGGCGGGACAACGGCCAGGAUUCUUCAGGGAGCGAUCAAUUAGAAUGCGUGGACGAAGAGCAACAAACCCAUUCCUCGGAUACAAAACCUUGUUUCAUACUCGGCGAAGACAUAUGUGAUUUGAAACAACCACAGCAAUCUGUUCAAACAACAGACCCAAAGAUAAAAUCACCUAAUGUUGAUAGCAACCAAUUCAUAUCUGAGCAAGUUGUCGUUCCUGAUACGUUCCGCCAUUCAAAUUCAGAAUCUAGUUUAGAUCCAAAACAUCGAAAGAUAUCAAGAGUAUCUAGCCGUUCAGAUAUUGUCUUAGUAUCUCCAACACCUAGUGAAAUGUCUGUAAAACGCAUUAAACGUCACAAAUUAUUCCCAAUAUUUUUGUCUGCUAAAAGUAAAGCAGCUAAAUCCUAUCAAAACUCAGAAAACCCUAAUGUAAAUAAUAAUAAGGCGAUAAAAUCAUCUAAACAAAAAUCAUGAUUCUGCUCAUUCCUUUGUAUAUGUUGCUUGUAUAUAAUAAUGAUUGUGAUAAACGUGAUUUAGGAAUGUUGAAUAUAAGUGAUUAAUUAUUUGUUAUUUUAAUGUAUUAUACAUAUUUAUUUAUAUGUAUCUAGUUUUAGAUUGAAUUAUGCACAAAACAAGUAAUUCCAAUUAUUGUUUUAAUAAUUUUUAAUAAUGUUAUAAUAUGUGUAAAUUAAUUGUUAAUUUUAAUUGAUACAUUUUAUAGAAGGUGCCUUAAAAGUACUUAGAGCUGUUAAAUGGUACUUAAUUUAUAAAGACAAGGAAAUAUAUAUUUAUAUUAUGUAUUUUUUAUUAACCCUUUUGAUAAGAUUGUUGAACUCAAGAACAUUAUUCAUAGGACUGAACAAUGUAAAAACUUUAUUAGACAAUUAACUGCAAUAAUGAAUGUAAUA